AUGACAGAGAAUGACGGCACUGCUCGUGGCGGAUGCAGUAUUCAAGCGGUGGAAGCCGCUACCGUGGACGCUGCCGACAGAAAUGAGCAAAACAUGGAAGCCGCUACCAUGGAUGCUACCGACAGAAAUGAGCAAAACACUGAUAAGGCAACGAUGGCCGGGGGUAUGCCCGCUCGAGAUGAGAUAGACCGGUUGGUGGAUGAGCCGCCACGAAUGCUUGAUAUGGAAGUGAAUGGGAAGAAGGUCUCGUUCGAGCUGGAUACAGGCGCAUCCCUCUCUAUCAUUGAUGAGAGAACGUGGAGGAUGCUAGGCCGACCGCGGUUAGAAGAAGCGAAGGUAGCGGCGACAGCAUUUGAUAAUAAGCGUAUUACGUUCCAGGGCAAAGUGCCUCUGCACAUCAGUUUCGCCGGGAAAGAGGCGAUAGUAGAUGUACAUGUCUUCAAAGAGGCAAGCCACUCUUUGUGUGGUAGAGACAUGAUAAGAAGAUUGCAGAUUGACUGUGGACCACAUUAUGACAGGGUGCACAGUGUUACGCAGAUGCCCAAAGUAGAAAUUAAAAAACAAUUGGUGCGCAUUCUGAAUAGCAAUAAACGGCUAUUUCAAGAUGGUUUGGGCAGAGUCACACCCCAUGCAGCAACCGGUAAGGCACCGGCAGAAAUGCUGAUGGGAAGAAGUUUGCGGACGACAUUAGACAUUAUCAAGGCUGGAAAGAGAAAGGGGACAAGUAAAUAUAGAGAAGAGAUGAAGAGGAAUUAUGACAGAGGCAAGAAGGAAAGAACUUUCGAAGUGGGACAGGAAGUAUUCAUAAGGAACUAUACCGGGUCAGGAGACCGGUGGAUACCCGGGAUGGUGAUGAAGGUCCUGGGGUCAAGCACCUAUGAGGUGCACUAUGGCAUGGGGGUAAGGAAAACCCAUGCGGACCAAAUGAAACCGAGGGUGAUUCCUUGGGAAGCAAUAGAUGACAACCUCUUAAGGAAAAUGGAUCGGAAAUUGCCCAGUAGAAGUACAGGAAGAAGCUCACCGGGCAGACAGGUUGGGGCGGCACCGUCGGAGCAGGAAAGGUUGCGUCGCUCGCGCAGGAAGCGGCAAGCAACCGAGAAGAUGAGGGACUUCUUGGAAAAUAGGAAGCGGAGGAAGAUAAAUGUGAUACGGAUAGCGGGGGAAGAUGGAAAUAAAAACAAGCGAGAUCACUCGAGACCCUAUAAAAGGGGCUUGGAGGAGUGUGGUUCCUCAGUUAUGUUCGCCCUGCCGACAAAUGGAGCGCUUCCAGGAGGACAAGUCCAGCAGCAAGCCGGGCCGCCAAUGAUCGUCCUAACCGGGCCGCAAGGCGGUCCCGGCUGUCCAGACGCCGUCUGUCGCGGCGUGGCCGGCGGUGGUGUCGUGCGUGGCACCGCCGUCGGCGCCCGCAUUGGGAGGAAGGCGCCGCCCACGGCGCAAUAA